UUUUGUUGACCUUAAUUUCCUUUAUAUACUUAGGACGUAGAGGUUCUUCCACAUUGUUUCUCAUCAAUGGAACAGAACCCGGAUCCCGAAACCGGCCACCGGAGCUCCAUUCCCACUCCAUUGCAUGUUGUACAGAAAGUGAAGCAGAACUUGGUUUUCAGGUCUAAAUGGGCUGAACUCAAUGGUGCAAUGGGGGACUUAGGCACCUACAUUCCUAUAGUUUUGGCCUUGACUCUGGCCAAGAAUCUUGAUCUUGGCACUACCUUGAUUUUCACCGGCAUUUACAAUUUUGUGACUGGUGCAAUCUAUGGAGUUCCAAUGCCGGUUCAGCCGAUGAAGUCAAUUGCAGCAGAAGCUAUUUCCAAUCCCAGCUUUGGCAUUCCGGAGGUCAUGGCGGCUGGAAUCUGCACCGCCGGAAUCUUGUUCCUGUUAGGUGUCACAGGAUUGAUGCAGCUUGUGUAUAGGCUGAUACCAAUAUCGGUUGUGAGGGGAAUUCAGCUAGCACAGGGCUUGUCGUUUGCCAUGACUGCUGUUAAGUACAUCAGAAAUGUGCAGAAUUUUGGUAAGUCCAAGUCUGCGGGGGAUAGGCAUUGGCUGGGGCUGGAUGGACUGCUUUUGGCUCUUACUUGUGCUUGUUUCAUCAUAAUUGUGAAUGGUUCAGGAGACAACAACGAUGACAGAGAGACUGCUUGUGAGGCAGAUGAUUCAGUUGGAAGGGCUAGUCCUACUACUAGAAGGAGGAAGUUGAGGAAACUCAUUGCUUCUCUUCCUUCAGCAGUUAUAAUCUUCUUUUUAGGUGUUGUUUUGGCUAUUAUAAGAGGGCCUAAAGCCUUCAAAGGGUUUAAGUUCGGGCCGUCUUCUAUAGAUGUUAUCAAGAUUUCCAAGCAUGCAUGGAAGGAAGGAUUCAUCAAGGGAACAAUCCCACAACUCCCUUUGUCCAUUUUGAACUCUGUCAUUGCUGUUUGUAAGUUAUCGACCGAUCUUUUCCCAGACAAGGAUGUCUCAGCAACGUCUGUUUCGAUCACCGUUGGGAUGAUGAAUCUCAUCGGCUGCUGGUUUGGUGCAAUGCCGUGCUGCCAUGGGGCCGGAGGGCUAGCAGGGCAGUACAAAUUUGGCGGCAGGACAGGGGCAUGCGUGGCAUUGCUUGGCGUGGCUAAGUUAGUUUUGGGCUUGGUUUUAGGCAGCUCAUUUGUGAAGAUCUUGGAUCAGUUUCCGGUUGGGGUUUUGGGGGUUCUGCUCUUGUUUGCUGGGAUUGAGCUAGCCAUGUGUUCGAGGGAUAUGAACUCUAAGGAGGAGUCUUUUGUGAUGCUUAUCUGUACUGCAGUUUCACUGGUUGGCUCAAGUGCUGCACUUGGAUUUCUGUGUGGGAUUGUUGUGCAUUUGCUUCUCAGGCUAAGGACUCUGGGAGACGACCAGUCUCUUUCCUCAUUUUGGUUUGCUCAAAACUCAUAAAAACUUUGCCCAAGGAUUUUGUCUCUUUUACUAUUCAAUUUCAACCAAGAAGUUUGUAAUCUUUCAUUCUUCUGUAAUCUGUUUCUGUGAUGUUGUUUCUUGCUAUUCUCUGCUUUUGUGUAAUGUCAUUGUAUCUAAUUGUUAAUCCUUCUGUUGCUUUCCUUCAAGAACA